GCAAUAAAAGGGCGAAGGAGCGAGCACUUCAGCAGAGACCUGUGAGGAGCACAUCCCUGGGUACGCCAGCUGUCUGCUCGCUGCAGAGAUGGUGCAAGUGACUACCUUUCUCCUGGUGCUCAGCCUGGCCCUGGUGGCUUCUGGCCUCUCUGCAAGAAAGUGCGUGCUGACUGGGCAGUGGACCAACGACCUGGGCUCCAACAUGACCAUUGGGGCUUUGAACGGAAAAGGCGAAUUCUCUGGUUCCUACCACACAGCCGUUACUGCCACCACAAACAAGAUUCAGAUUUCACCACUGCAGGGGUCGCAGCACAGCACAAACCAGAAGAGCCAGCCUACCUUUGGCUUCACCGUCAAUUGGCGUUUUUCAGACUCUGUCACGGUCUUCACGGGCCAGUGUUUUGUGGACGAGGACGGAAGGGAGAUUUUGAAGACCAUGUGGCUCCUGCGGUCCCGUGUGAACAGCAUCAAGGAUGACUGGAAAGCCACCAUGGUCGGCAUCAACGUCUUCACCCGCCUGCACUCACGGGAGUGAGGAUGGCAGCAUGGAGGUUCCCGUCUCGGCUGCACCGAGGAUACAGACACUCCCCAUCAUUCCCCAUCUCCUGCUUCUCUCAAUAAAACUUUGCUGCAAAUAC